CGCAUUGUGAAUAUAUCUGACUGCCUGUAUCUGAGAAUAUGGAAACAAAAUACCAGUGAGAUCAGGCAGGCAGUAUGGGAGGCCUAAUAUGGUACGUUACGUGAAACAUUACAAGGCAUCCACCCAUCUCAACUCAUGUGCUGCGGUUUGCCGCCUAUCUUUAUGCGGCCACUACUUUACACGCCUUUCAACCCCGGAUAGCGACAUGGGUAGUCAAAGAGAAGUAUAUUGGUUGGUCGGCUCUUGCAAACGAUAUGAUUCUAGCGGCCCCCGAGUGUCCCACAGAGCCAUGAAACUUGUUGGUUGUGAGCUUCAUGAUGGAGGCAGUGCUCUUGUCUGUUGGGCUCUUAACCUCUCGUCCACCCUUUAGAAGCUCGUAGUUUUUCCAUAUUCUCAUUGUCGUUGUAUAUUAUUUCUUUAUCCAUUAUUUUGGCUGUUGGCUUAUACCACAAGUGCUCAUCGCCUGAGUCGUAACCGAGGAUGGAGGCCGCUGCAAGCAUUAUUGCAUUUGUCCAAAUCUCGACAGAAAUUGGAAAAUGUGUAAUCAAGACGAAGAAGCUGUGGGAUCAAGCCCAAGAUCUACCCCAGGAAACACAGCUUCUUAUUACACGUCUACAAGGCUAUAAAGCUAUAUUCGAAGCCCUAGAUCAACAAUAUCCGAACCAGGAAUCUUUCAACACGCUACCUACGUUUUCGCUGGUGCAAGAUAACUUAAGAGCUUCAAUGGAGGCGCUCGAGUUGCUUAGACACAACGCAGACUAUGUAACCUCGAAACUUGAAGUCAAGACUGGGCUCAAGCGGAAGCUGGCUGCUGUGAAGAUUGCCAUUGGAAAGGAAAGCUCAGAUCGACUCACCAACAGACUGAACGAGUCAAUAACAUUACUGAGCUUAGCGCUACAGGCUUGGAAUAUGACCAUCACGAUAAUGACACCUGAUCUCAUUGCAACUCAACUCACCAAAACACUCAAGGACCAUUGUGAAAGCUCUCAUUUUGGGAAGAAACCACUGAUCGAAGCCCAAAAGGAAGAUAAAUCUCACUGCGGCGUCAUAGAGAUUGACGAAGGUCAACUAUCACGUAUACCGAAACACGAUGCAAAGCUCAACAAGAUAUAUACCCCUUCAAAACUUGGCCGAUUCGCCAUGGCAUAUGCUACGACCACUGGUGCGUGGCAAGCGUAUCUUCAAUUGCCAAGUUGGCUUUCAUCGUCUGUACAUGAACUACAAUCGACUCCAACUGGCUGCGGUUGGACAUACAACUAUCGAGUGUACAACGUCGUUUCAUCAGAAUCUGAUAUCAUCAAGAGGAUAAGAGAAGGAGAUAGGGCUGGUGUUCUUGAACUAUUCGGAACCCGGAAAGCAUCUCCAUUCGACAAAGAUGAGUCUGGGCACUCGCUUCUUUAUUACGCUGCGAAUAGCAAAAACUUCGAUAUCUGUCAGUUGCUGCUUAGCUUGGGGCUUCAUGAAGCUUUGCUUGAGAAAGUUCACCGAGCUGGAGAGAGUCCAUUGGCGCCGCCAGUGUUCAAUCCCAAUCGAAGUCACCCAGAGAAGACAUGGCUAAAGAUUGCAGGCUUAUUUCAAUCAUACAUGGAUGAGCCAGAGACCAGCAUGGUCCUGCGUAUGUUUGAUUAUCAUAGAGAAUGCGAUUACGGCGACGAGUACAUUAGAAUCUUCCAGCAAAGAUUCUUGCCCAACUUCUACCAUGGCCCGCUCAUUCAUCGCCUGGAAGCUUUCCGGCUUGGAUCUUUUCAUUGCCAAACUUCAACAACACUCUCCUCCCUCAUCGCACGAGAUAGGAAGAUCAGCAGCUUCGACGUUAGCGAAUCAAGUCGCACUGGGGUUUCACUCGUGCACUCAGCAGCUGUGGCAUUCGGCAUUCGGUUCGCAGACGAUGUCCUUCCGUGGGUAAGAGGCUGGGCCAUGUGGAGUUUAUCGCCCUUUAACGAUGGAUGGAGUCACUUGGUGCUCGAGGUAGCCUCAGUUGCUGGACCGGAAGAUUUACACGCAGUUGAGACAGUACAGCCCUGGGACGUAUAUCAGGUUCCGACUUGGAAAGGCACACCCCUGAUUUCAGUUAUUGGCGGAGCUCUUUGCUAUCUCUCGCCUGAUAUCGAAUUCUUUCACUGGGAUAAAGUGUUCCAAAGUUGCAUCCGGGAGUGGGUUUCAAUCUUGCAGCAGAGCGGAGUUGACCUGAUGCUCUAUGGAGAACAAGAAGCCAUCAAUAUUAGCAAAUACUUUCGCACAGCAUUCGAUUCGAACGCAAUCGAGGCAUCGAGGAACGAAAUACGGAACGUCCUGCCGUCAUCGAGCGCGGAACUUACAUUUAGACGAGCAGAGCGCUCCGAUCGAAAGAUGUGGAACAACAACCAUUGGAUACCGAUUCGACUUUUAGAACUCAAGUUUGGUCCGACCCCUAAUGAAUGGGAAAUAGUUUGGGUGCCAGAAUUUGAAUGGAUGGCGAAUGAGUUCUGGCAGAUGAUAGAGAAAGAGAGCAUCACAAUGCCUGGGUCGUGGGUUGAUGAAUGA